AUGAACUAUAUGUACGACCACAUAGCCAGAGCUCUAAUUCGUAAUCCUCAUAUAUUGUUGUUAGACGAAGCGACAUCAUCGUUAGAUCGGCGCAGUGAACAGCUGAUCCAGGCAUCUCUGAAUCAGGACAGAUGGAACCGUACGCGUGUAACCAUCGCACAUCGAUUAUCAACAAUUAAAGAAAGUGAUAAAAUAGUUGUUUUGGAUGUUGGAAAAAUUAGAGAACAAGGAACACAUCAUGAAUUAAUGAACGCAGCCGGAUUCUAUAGUGAAUUAUUAAGAGCCGAAACUCAUAAUAUGUGA